GAUGUUCCCUGAAAUGAACUGGAAUUUCCAUGAUUCCAAAAUCCUCCAGCCAAACCUUCUUCAGAACAGAAUAUAAAUAGAGUCAGACCAGUAGAGUCCUCACAAACAAGACAACUCUACAGCUUAUUAGACUUUUCAGGAACUGCAGAACAUCUAUAACCAUGAAGUUGCUUCUAGCAGGAAUUGUUCUGAUUUUAAUUGUGGAAACCCAUGCUCAGUGGUACAAGUUUCCUGGCCAAGCUGCUGGAGGAGCUCGUGACAUGUGGCGAGCAUACCGUGAUAUGAGAGAAGCCAACUGGAAAAACUCAGACAAAUACUUUCAUGCCAGAGGAAACCGUGAUGCUGCCAAGAGAGGAGCAGGAGGCAGAUGGGCAGCUGAGGUUAUCAGUAAUGGCAGAGAGUGGUUGCAGGAAAGAAUGGGUCAUGGUGCUGAGGACUCUGCUGCUGAUCAGCGGGCAAACCGGCAUGGGCGGAAUGGAGGAGAUCCCAAUGAUUACAGGCCACGAGGACUUCCUCAAAAAUAUUAGUAUAAAAGCCAACUGCUUACAGUAAAACUAAUAAAAGAAAUUUCUGGUGUCAGACCUUGUAGACACUAGAAACUCUCUUAUAAUCAUGUUUUACAAAUAUCGUGCUUUUGCUAAUAUAGAUUUGUCACAUAUCCACCAUGAUGUUACAAUGUUUAUGUUGUUGGGAAACUAAAUACAAGUAAACUCAUUAUAAAGGAGUUUAGCCUGGAGGGGGAGUCACACCUCUUCCUGUGUAAGUGUGUUCAGACAGUUUUGGUGAUAUAUCUGCACAACAAUGGGAUAUACUGAAUCAGUGGAGGAGUUUAAAGAGUAGGUACAGGUGACGCAUAUUUGAGAUGUUGUGACUUAAAAAGAUAAGAGAAGAACAAUGUGUCUUUAGCCAAGAACAUGUCAUAACAAGAUGGGUCAAAUAACAACUUGAGUAAAAUCAUGUGCAUCCUUUUGUUGGCUACAGUUAUCUCAAAGUCCUGUAAGAACUGAAGAGAAACUGCCUCUCCUCAGUCAUAUAGUCUAUGCAAUGCUGAUGAUGGCUCUAGCUAACAAGCAAUAAAGAUCAACUGAGAAUCUGAA